AUGAAAGGUAAGAAGGAUGAGAUAGAGAUAGAGAUGACGCCCAUGUUUUCGAAUAAGUCUGGUCACGAAGCUGUUAAUCUUACCUCGGAACCAUCGGAAGAAGACUCAGAGACUAAAAGAGCUUCUAAUACAACUAGUAUAGAUGUUCAAAGUUACAUUGAAGCCUUGCUAGGCGUUUUCCUCGUUGCCUUUUUGCUUUGGAUUGUUGGCCCGUUAAUACACGCGAGCUUAUUUAGUCAGUCUUAUCACAACCAAAUUAAGCGCUUCCCCAGCGAUCGGAUGGUAAUGAACAAGCUUCAUGAAAUGAUUCCAUUCCGCCCAAUCAUGUGGAAUAUUGGAAGUUGGCUCGUUCUGGCCUUAUCUGGCGCCAAUCUUUUCUUCUUCUAUUACAAUUCAAUCGCGCGAACAUUAAAGCCAUUGACGCCUAGAUCGUGCAUGGGCCUAGCAUUUUUUGGGUUCAUACUGAUUGUUGGUUUAGAAGGGUUGCUCUAUGCUUUCUGCAAAACGUACCUCACGCGUGCAUUCUUGCAUUGGUUCCGAUCGAGCCCGUUUAUCUGUUACGGACUGGCUACUCUCGUUAGCAUCGGUACAUAUCUUAUUCUAUGGGCUAGCUUAAGGAUUAGUGCCCUAAAUACUGCUCGGGGAAGUAAGAUGAUCACUAUGGUAGGAUUGCCACUUCUCCAUUUGCUUCUAGCUGUAAUAGUUAGUGGCCUCAUUGCUGGAUUUGCGUCCAUUUUGGUUCGCUUCGGCCAAGACAUAUCUUUUGAUGUGUCCACACUGACGACCUCUACCCAACUUCCAUCGUCCACCGCAACCACAGUCGCCGACAUAAUAGUGAUUUAA